AUAACUCUAACACCUAGUAGGAGGUGCCUUACUGAAUGCAAUUGGGAGGAAUGAGAAUAAUCAAAUGUUCCCUAUAAGUUGGGCUAUUGUUGAGGGGGGAAAUGAGAACAGUUAGAGAUGAUUUCUAGAGCACUUGUUGGAGGAUAUUAAUAUUGUUGAUGAACUUGGCCUAACACUUGUUAGUGAUCAACAAAAGGGUUUUCCCAAGGCAAUUAAGGAUCUUAUACCUUAUGCUGAGCAUAGAAAUUGUGCAAGGCAUAUUUAUGCCAACUGGAAAAGGUUACAUAAGGGAUUAAGUCAUUGUUUUGGAGGGCAGUUAAUGCAACAAAUGAGUCAGGUUUUCUUAGCUGCAUGCAAGAGAUGGAAGUGUUGGAUGCCACUGCACAUUCUGAUUUCAUGAAGUAGAACCCUAAAAAUUUUUGCAGGGCAUUCAUCAACACGUGGCCCAAGUGUGAUGUUGUAACCUCUAACUUAGUUGAAACCUUCAAUGAUUAUAUAUGCAAGGCAAGGUGCUUGCCUAUCAUAAACAUGUUAGAAGGGAUUUGAACAUCUUUAAUGGUAAGAAUGUAUGAUAAAAGAGAGAUGAUGAAUAAGUGUUCAGAUGAAAUUUGUCCACGGAUCAGAAAAAUGUUGGAGAAGGCACAGUUGGGGACAAGGUAUUGCAAUGUGAGGCCCGCUGUUGGACAAAAAUUCCAAGUUAGCAUUGCGGACCAAGGUUAUGUGGUCAGCCUACAAGAGCAUAUAUGUUCUUGUAGGCAAUGGGACUUAAGUGGCAUCCCAUGCCCUCAUGCUUUGGCCUGUAUACACUUUAUGAAGCAUGAUUCAGUUGCCUAUAUAAAUCGGUAUUAUAGCAAAUUAGAAUAUUUAAAGGCAUACAAGUAUGCAUUGGAGCCAUUGAAUGAGUUCUCAAUGUGGUCAAGGACUGAUGCUACUCCUAUACUGUUCCCUCCAUAUAAAAGAAUGCCUGGCAGACUAAAAAAGAAACGAAAGAAGGAUGUCGUUGAAAUUGAAGGACAAGAUGUGGGCGGUCCGCAUGGCAUGCAUAUGACAUGCCAACAUUGCUUGCAAACUGGCCACAAUAAGAGAGGUUGCCCAAAUAAGAACAAGACAGCGGCACCAAGACCUCCCAAGGCGAAGAGAGACAGACCACGUGCCACAACCAAUGCCUCAGCAAUAGCCCCAUCAACUACCAGAUCGCGUGCCUCCGCAAGAUCGAGAUCAACUGCAUCAACAAGUGUUCCAACAACAGCCACAGCAUCUACCUUGGCGAGUGCCACAGCGGGAGCCUCAGCCAGUGAUAUGCAAGUGCCAAUGCAAGUGUCUCAACAAAUGUCACAACAACAGCUUCAGCGUUAGCCCCAACAAUGGCUGAGGCAACUGCAUCGAAAAGGCAAGUGG